AUGUUCGGUUUGACUUCGGGCUUCACUGGUCAAACUAUCGAUACCAUGCAAAAUGGAAUCACAAUGAGUGAUGGUACACCGGUGCAAAUCGGACCCGAUGAUCAUCUUUGGGUGUUCACUAACUCUACAGAAGGUUCUUUGUUCGGUUCAUUGGUUAACCUUGGUGCUAUGGGAGGUGCUAUUCUUCUGGGUGGCCCUCUGAUCGAGAAGUUCGGUAGGAAGUGGAUCUUGCUUGGAUGUUCUCCUUGUUUCGUGCUUUGCUACGUAUGGCAGGCAUUGGCUCAUACUUCCUGGCAGCUGUUGUUCGAGCGUGUUCUCGUUGGCUUCGUGGUCGGUGUUGAAUCAGUUGUGACCCCCACAUACAUUGGUGAGGUAUCUCCGACUAAGAUUCGUGGUGCUUUGGGUGCCUGCAACCAGUUGUCUAUCACUAUCG